AUGUUUGGCUUUGAAUCGGGGUCGGAGUUUAUGGCGUACAUCACCUUCAUGUUCUUUGGACUGUCGGUGAUGGUUGCAACGAACUCCAUUUUGGCGGCGCCAUCUUUCUUCACGGAGUACUACAGGUAUGCGCAGGGUGAUUCGGAGAUUGAGGCUAAUGACCCGUCCUUCUGGGACAACGUCCUGACAUUCUACAACGUUGUGACGUUUGCCACGCAAUUUUUUGGUGAGGCCUUCAUGCUGACACCGCUGGGCAGGAGCAUCCCUCUCCGCCCGCGCCUCAUCGUGGGGUUUGUCAUCCCGUUUGUGGAGUUUCUGGUGCUUAUAUUUGUUCCUGUUGCGGGGACAUCGGAAGCAGGCGCCAAAGCCACGGUAUUGGUCAUGGCCUUCGUUGGCGGGAUCUCCGUGACGCUCUGCGAGUCCUCCACGAAUGCUCUUGCAGGCCCGUUCCCGACAAAGUUCUUCGGUGCUGUGAUGAUGGGGAUUGGUUUCUCCGGCGUUCUUUUCUCGUUGAUGCAGAUCAUCAUCAAGGCAUCCAUGGCAGACGACUUUGACAGUGUGCUGACGCAGUCGCGGAUUUUCUUCGGUGUUGCCAUGGGCAUGCAGUUAAUCUCCUGCGUUCUGCUUGUGUUCAUGCCCCGCAACGAAUUUGCCCGGAGAUUCACUGCAGAGUUCCGUUACGGCCAUGAGGUGGCUGCUGAAAAUCAAGAUGCUCUCGAAGACAACGAAAAGGAGGCUGCCGCAGAGGAACAUGAAGCGGAUGCCCAGUGCAUGGAGCCGGUAUUGCCUAAGAAUACCAAUGUGCUGACUGCUGAGGGAGAUGCGGACGACAUGAAGGACGUUGAUCAGGUGGAUAACAUCACCUCGACGGAGCAGAUGCUCAACGCCCAGGUUGGGACUGUGUUUGUGCGCAUUUGGCCAAUUCUGCUUUCAUGCUUCGCUGUUUUUGGGGCAUCGCUUCUCGUCUAUCCCGGUGUCUUCUUCGCUGUGGACGUUCAUGACGGCUGGUACCUCACCACUGUUGCGGCUAUGUUUAACUUGGGGGACUUUGUGUCCCGGUUUUCUCUCCAGUUCAAACGGUUCCAUCCAUCUCCUCGAGUGGUGGUGAUUGGUACUGUUGCGCGUUGGCUGGUCAUUCCGCCGCUGAUUCUUUGUGUGCGUCACAUCAUCCCUGGAAAAGUGGUCCCUUGCAUUCUGUGCCUGAUCUGGGGACUGACGAACGGCUACUUUGGAGGCAUGUCAAUGAUCUAUUGCCCUCGCACGCCGUCGCUAACUACUGCCGGCCAGCGCUCCCUCGCCGGCAUCAUGGCUGCCGUGGCUCUCCUGUUGGGUCUGUUCGUCGGCUCUUCGCUCGCGCUUGCCGUGAAGGAGGGCUUCCCAGAUGAUUCCGAUAGCUGA